AUGAGGACCUUACUAUAUGCGACUACGAUAGCACUGGCUGUCCUGAUCGGACAAAUCGCCGCGCUGCCGGUGGAGACUAAUCUGGUAGAGCCCAAGCCGGUAGAGAUUAAGCCGAAUUUGGGAAUGCUGAAGGAGGAAACGGACCACAAAUACUUUCAUGAACCCGGCAACAACGACAUCCUCGGCCACUACGACGUCCGCUACUACCACGGCGUGGUCUCCUACGACGAGCGGACCGACACCCUCCGGCACAUGAUCCGCGCAUAUCUACAAUUCUUCAGAGCCGAGGGGAUCGAGACAUGGAUAGCACACGGCACGCUCCUCGGCUGGUGGUGGAACGGCAUGCUGCUCCCCUGGGACUGGGACGUCGACGUCCAAGUCUCCGGCGCAACCCUCGCACACCUAGCAACCCACUACAACCGCACACUGCACGACUACACCUCCCCUUCGCUCGCCGGUCCGCGGUCCUACCUGCUCGACAUCAACCCCUGGUCCCGCGAGCGCGAGCGCGGCGACGGACAGAACAUCAUCGACGCGCGCUGGAUCGACACCCGCAACGGACUGUACAUCGACAUCACCGGCUUGAGCGAGACGCAUCCGGAUUUGGCGCCGGGAGUUGUCAGCUGUAAGAACUACCACCGGUAUAGGAUGGAGGAUCUGUACCCGCUGCGCGAGAGCCUGUAUGAGGGUGUACCGGCGCUGAUCCCGAAUGAUUAUGUCAAGAUUUUGACGGAUGAGUAUCAGGAGAAGGCACUUGUGGAGAAGGAGUAUGAGGGGUGA